CUCUUUUCUGCCACAUUUGACUCCGACGGGACCACCUUCUUCAACCCGAUUUCAUCGCCCUCCGUCGUCAAUUCAUCUGCUACACGGCCGCAACCGCCGUUAAUCCUCUUCGGUGAUCUUCCUUCAUCAAUCUUCUUAUCACUUGUUGAAAAGAAACUAGCCUUGGAACAUCUGACUUUCCCCCAUUUCUCGUCCACAGUCAAACGGCCGCUGAAAUCUUCCAAGAUUAAUCAAAAGUGUUCAACGCUAAAGGAUUAUUGUCACAGUUUGUAGAUCUGAGGGGCGGAGUUGGUGAUUUCUCGGGUUCUAAAGGACUACUUUUGUUUCUCUAGCACUGUUGUGAAUAAAAUUUUGUAUGUUUUGAGGGUUUGAAGUUACAUGUGAAGUAAAAGGUUGAUGGUAGUGUACGAACGACAAAGCGUGCUCGCCAUUGAUGAUGACCGGAGAUUAUAGAGAAGUCUGGUGGUGGUCUGGUGAAUCUGUCACAUGGAAUGGCAGAUCUUGUUAGCUACGGUAACGCCGACCGUGACACUGAGCAGGCACUAAUUGCUCUGAAGAAGGGCGCUCAGUUACUUAAAUAUGGUCGCAAGGGGAAGCCCAAAUUUUGUCCAUUUAGACUUUCUCAUGAUGAAUCAUCUUUAAUUUGGAUUUCCAGCAGUGGUGAAAGAAGCUUGAAAUUGACCUUGGUCUCUAGAAUUAUUCCUGGACAAAGAACUGCUGUCUUCCGACGUUAUCUACGUCCCGACAAGGACUAUCUUUCAUUUUCUCUGAUAUAUAACAACGGGAAACGUUCUCUUGAUUUGAUCUGCAAGGACAAAGUUGAGACUGAAGUGUGGAUAGCAGGCCUCAAAGCACUUAUUUCUUCAGGACAAGGAGGGCGUUCCAAAAUUGAUGGAUGGAGUGAAGGUGGCCUCUACGUUGAAGAUAAUAAAGAUUUAACAUCAAACAGUGCAAGUGACGGUUCAGUUGGUGCUCCACGAGAUUUUAGCUCCCCAGACGCUUCUAUUAGCUCAAAUUCAAAUACUUCUCCUAUGAACUAUCAUCCAGAAAAUUCUGCUAAUAUCGAGAGGUCACAUGCAGCUUUGGACCAAACAAAUAUGCAAGUCAAAGGAUUUGGUUCCGAUGCUUUUAGGGUUAGUGUUUCUAGUGCACCAAGUACCUCUAGUCAUGGAUCAGCCCAAGACGACUAUGAUGCUUUAAGGGAUGUGUAUAUAUGGGGGGAGGUAAUCUGCGAUAAUAUUGUCAAGUUGGGUCCUGAUAGAAAUGCUAAUCCUCUGAGCACAAGAGCUGAUGUGCUUCUACCUAGGCCAUUAGAAUCCAAUCUAGUUUUGGAUGUGAAUCAUAUAGCAUGUGGAGUGAGACAUGCUGCCCUUGUCACUAGGCAAGGCGAAGUAUUUACAUGGGGUGAGGAAUCUGGAGGAAGGCUUGGUCAUGGGUUUGAAAAAGAUGUUACCCAACCUCGUUUAGUCGAGUCUUUGGCUGUUUCCAAUGUUGAUUUUGUUGCAUGCGGUGAGUUCCACACUUGUGCUGUCACACUUUCUGGCGAGCUUUACACAUGGGGAGACGGCACACAUCAUGCUGGGCUUCUUGGGCAUGGUACAAAUGUCAGUCACUGGAUACCUAAGAGAAUUGGUGAUCCCCUUGAGGGACUUAAAGUUGCAUCCGUAACGUGUGGUCCAUGGCAUACCGCUUUCAUAACAUCAACUGGGCAACUCUUUACCUUUGGGGAUGGGACAUUUGGUGUUUUGGGUCAUGGAGAUCGGGAAAAUGUCUCAUGCCCAAGGGAGGUGGAAUCUCUAUUAGGAUUGAGGACAAUUGCUGUUGCCUGUGGUGUAUGGCACACAGCUGCUGUAGUGGAGGUAAUUGUAACACGCUCUAGUUCGGGUGUUUCAUCUGGAAAAUUAUUUACUUGGGGUGAUGGGGAUAAAAACCGUCUUGGUCAUGGAGACAGAGAACCUCGCCUUAAGCCUACAUGCAUCCCAGCACUUAUUGAUUACAAUUUUCAUAAAGUUGCUUGUGGGCAUAGCUUGACUGUAGGUUUGACCACAUCAAGACAUGUUUUUACCAUGGGCAGCACUGUUUAUGGUCAACUCGGGAAUUCUGAGUGUGAUGGAAAGCUACCUUGCUUAGUAGAAGAUAAACUAGCGGGGGAGGCUGUUGAAGAGAUUGCUUGUGGUGCGUACCAUGUGGCAGUAUUGACCUCUAGAAAUGAAGUAUACACAUGGGGAAAGGGUGCUAAUGGGAGAUUAGGCCAUGGAGACAUCGAAGACCGUAAAACACCAACUUUAGUCGAAGCAUUGAAAGAUAGACAUGUUAAGUAUAUAUCUUGUGGUUCAAACUAUACAGCAGCAAUAUGUCUUCACAAAUGGGUUUCUGGUACCGAGCAAUCUCAAUGCUCGUCUUGUAGACAAGCUUUUGGGUUCACUAGAAAGAGGCACAACUGCUAUAACUGUGGACUCGUGCACUGUCAUUCAUGCAGUUCAAAGAAAGCUUUAAGAGCUGCAUUGGCUCCUAAUCCUAGCAAACUACACCGAGUUUGUGAUUCCUGUUUCGUUAAAUUAAACAAGAUGGCAGAAGCUGGUGUCAGUAACAGACGGAAUGUCAUGCCUCGUCUCUCUGGUGAUAGAUUGGAUAAAGCUGAAAUGAGAUUAGCAUCUAAUCAGGAUUUAAUUAAGCUGUUAGAUAACAAAGCGGCCAGACAACAAGGGAAGAAAGCUGAUCUUGGUCGUUCUUCUCAAGCUACUUCCUUGUUACAGCUUAAAGACGUUGUAUUGGCUACUGGUGGUGAUUUCCGUUAUAUGGUUCCGAAACCAAUUCUUACUCAAUCUGGUGUUAAUUCCAGGUCUGUUUCACCUUUCUCAAGGAAACCAAGUCCUCCACGUUCGGCAACACCCAUUCCUACAACAUCAGGACUUUCUUUCUCUAAAAAUGUUGCUGAUAGUUUAAAGAGAACAAAUGAUCUCUUGAAUCAAGAAGUUGUUAAUUUACUUGGCCAGGUUAACAGCCUUAGACAUCAAUGUGAAAUGCAAGAAGCAGAGCUUCAAAAAUCAAGAAAACAAGCUCAGGAAGCAAUGGUAUUGGCUGCAGAGGAAUCUGCUAAAUGUAAUGCUGCCAAAGAUGUGAUAAAAUCUCUUACUUCACAGCUUAAGGAUAUGGCGGAGAGAUUGCCAGCUGGGACGUAUGACCUUGACAGCAUCAAGCUACCAAACGGUCUGGAUCCCAAUUGCACUUCUGAUACAACAAAUGGAGAGAAUGAAUCAAGAUCUAAUACUUGUUACCUCAUCUCUCCAUCGUCUACUUCUAUCAACAAAACAUUCACUGAAAACAAGGAACCACCUAUACGGACCACCUCUAAUGGGAAUGAUGGCUAUUCAGAUGCUGCCAGAUCUCUUAAUGGCACAGCGGUAGAAAUGGAAAACAAGUAUUUACAAAGGGAGGAUAACGGGUUCAAACCUAGAAAUCCAGUGGUGCCUAGUAGUAGCAGUAGUAGUAAUGCAACGGAUCAAGUUGAGGCUGAAUGGAUCGAACAGUAUGAGCCUGGUGUCUACAUAACACUUGUGGCUCUCCGUGAUGGAACUAGAGAUCUCAAAAGAGUGCGUUUCAGUCGUAGGAGAUUCGGGGAGCACCAAGCGGAAACAUGGUGGUCAGAAAAUCGUGAAAAGGUUUACGAGAGAUAUAAUGUGCGAGGGUUGGAUAAUAAGUCAACGGUCUCUUCUUCUCGAAGGUCAGGCGAAUCUGUAGCAGCACCAACACAGUAGCAGAAACACCAUCCAGAUAUGGCUGAAAGAAAGAAAAGCAAGACAAUUCUUUUUAAUUUCAUUCCCCUGCCUUUCUAUUGUUAUUUUUAGAGGCUUCACGUUAAUACAAAUAUUGUGCUGUAGUGUACAUAAACUUCAUUUAUUAAAUAUUAUA